CCGCCCUCUUCUAAUUGUUAAUGUCUUCAAAGUAAACAUAUGUCUCUUCUUUCUCAAUCAAGAUAUUCUCUAUAUAAGAGAUAUUCAAGAAACAUAUAACUACAAAGCAAAGGUCAAAUGAAAAUCGUGGCCUGACCCAUAAGCAUCUUCGCGAUUCUGGAUCCUGACCUUCUCAUAAGAAGAGUCCUAUGAUGGAGAGUCCGAUAAUGAAGACAUGGAGAAAAAUAAAGACUUUUGGGCAAACGCGCUCUUCAACCACAGCUUCGUUCACCAAGAGCAAGUCUUGGAAUGGCGCUGCUUAUCUCGAGGGUACCAAGAACAGCGAAUCCAUAGGAAAGAUCAAGAAAAACUGUUUCACUGUUUAUGUGGGUCCCGCGAAACAGAGAAUCGUGGUGAAAAUGAAACUGUUGAACCAUCCUUUGUUCAAGAACUUGUUAGAAGACGCAGAGAAAGAAUAUGGAUAUAGACGUGAUGGGCCCAUUGUUCUUCCUUGUGAGGUUGAUUUCUUCUUCAAGGUUUUGGCUGAUAUGAAAUCCGAUGUUUAUGGUAAUGAUUGUGAUGAAGAUGAUGAUGGUUUGAUUACUCCUCCGAUUUGCGGGUUUGGUAGUCCAAGCAUGAGACGGAACCGCUCGUACAAGCUUCUUCGAUCUCCAUCUUUGUUCAAGCUGAAUAGAUUUUGAAUUUCCUUUUUUUUCUUUUCCACUAUAUUAGAUAUCUAAGUUCUUGUUCAUACCAUUACCAUAUGCAUAUACGUUUUAAACUUGAGAAGAGAAAUGUGACGCAAAAAAAAAACCUCACAUUUCCGAAUGUAACAAUUUGCUUAGACAACUUUCCAUUAUAUUUUUCUGUGAUUCUGAUGUCGCCUUAUAUAAGAUUUGAC